UGCCACAGUGCCGCAGGGUCCAGCCAACGAGGCCGCGGCUGGCCACCGGUGACGAAACCGCUGCACCGUCGCGGCGGCGAUGAGUCGACGGUGAAGAAAACCCAGACAGCGCGCUGACACUGCGCCAGCACACAGCACAGCAUCGGCAUCCUUCUCGCCGCACCGCGCCUCGCGUGUACGAAUCCCGUGUGACGCCAAUUGCUCCGCAAGGGCAGCCUUAGCUCUGCUACCUAUAAAACAGCCUCUCCCUCGACAACCAAUACUCUCACCGACGACAACAACGCCCACACCUGCAACACCAUGGCAGACACAAUCCCCACCACCGACGGCACUGCUUCCCCCAAGCCGCCCGUCGUCUGCGUCUUCUGCGGCGCCUCCGAAGGCACCUCGCCCGCACACAUGGAGUCGGCACGCGCCCUCGCCCGGGCUCUGCACGCGGCAGGCGCGCACCUCGUGUACGGCGGCGGCACCGUGGGGCUGAUGGGCGAAGUGGCACGCACGCUUGUCUCGCUGUCGGGCCCCGGCGCAGUGCACGGCAUCAUCCCGCUGCCGCUGGUGCGCUACGAGCAGAACCACGACCCGGCCGACCCGACCUCGCACUCGAUCGACGAGGCCGUGUACGGGCGCACCACCGUCGUGCGCGACAUGCACACCCGCAAGCAGAUGUUGGCGCGGGAGGUGAUGGAGGGCGGGGCCGGCGGCGGAUUUGUGGCGCUGAGCGGCGGGUACGGGACGUUUGAGGAGCUGAUGGAGGUCACGACGUGGAAUCAGCUGGGGAUCCACGGGAUGCCUGUGGUGGUGUUCAAUGUCGAGGGGUACUGGACGGGGCUGAUUGAGUGGGUGAAGAAUGCCGUGACCAGCGGCUUUGUUGGCGCGACCACAGCGGGCAUCAUCAAGGAGGCGCUGUCGGCGGAGGAGGUGAUGCAGAAUCUGAAGGAAUACCAGAACGCGCCGGGCCGGUUCAAGCUGACCUGGGACGACAACUAGGCGAAGCUUUGGCGUGCUUGUGGCUUGACUGAAUCAGGUCUUCCAUGACACUCGGUGUUACGACCCAAGACGCAUCUUAGAUCUGCAUGCUACCAUACAAAACAUCGACAGUAUACGUCACAAAACAAUAGAAAAUAUCACAUUUCAAACAUUCAGAA